CAGUGGAACAGCUCAGAAGGUAGAGAGUUGGAUUGUUGUCUGCUUGGACAGUGGAACAGCUCAGUUGGUAGAGAGUUGGAUUGUUGUCUGCUUGGACAGUGGAACAGCUCAGUUGGUAGAGAGUUGGAUUGUUGUCUGCUUGGACAGAGGAACAGCUCAGUUGGUAGAGAGUUGGAUUGUUGUCUGCUAGGACAGAGGAACAGCUUAGUUGGUAGAGAGUUGGAUUGUUGUCUGCUUGGACAGUGGAACAGUUCAGUUGGUAGAGAGUUGGAUUGUUGUCUGCUAGGACAGUGGAAUAGCUCAGAAGGUAGAGAGUUGGAUUGUCGUCUGCUAGGACAUUGGAACAGCUCAGUUGGUAGAGAGUUGGACUGUCGUCUGCUAGGACAGAGGAACAGCUUAGUUGGUAGAGAGUUGGAUUGUUGUCUGCUAGGACAGUGGAAUAGCUCAGUUGGGAGAGAGUUGGUUUGUCGUCUUCUUGGACAGUGGAACAGCUUAGUUGGUAGAGAGUUGGAUUUUCGUCUGCUAGGACAGUGGAACAGCUCAGUUGGUAGAGAGUUGGAUUGUUGUCUGCUAGGACAGUGGAAUAGCUCAGUUGGUAGAGAGUUGGAUUGUUGUCUGCUAGGACAGAGGAACAGCUCAGUUGGUAGAGAGUUGGAUUGUAGUCUGCUUGGACAGUGGAACAGCUUAGUUGGUAGAGAGUUGGAUUGUCGUCUGCUAGGACAGUGGAACAGCUCAGUUGGUAGAGAGUUGGAUUGUUGUCUGCUAGGACAGUGGAAUAGCUCAGUUGGGAGAGAGUUGGAUUGUUGUCUGCUAGAACAUUGGAACAGCUCAGUUGGUAGAGAGUUGGAUUGUCAUCUGCUAGGAAAGUGGAAUAGCCCAGUCAGUAGAGAAUUGGAUUGUCGUCUGCUAGGACAGUAG